CGAGACGGGAGGAGGAGGCGAAGGAGACGGCGAGCGCCCGGACGAGCCUUCCUUGGCGUGUCCUCCGGGGACCCCAUCAAGGGCACCUGCUUGCAGAGGAUCUCUAUCUAAGGACAUAGAUUAAGCUGUAGCGGUUUUCAUGCUAUCUGGCAAGCAAGAGCCAUUAUCAGAGUUCAAGGACGCAUUUCAGCCAAGCGCUGGCUCACACACUCAAGGAGGGUGUGAACAAAACCGGUGGGAGCAGGUGAGGCAGCACCAUGCCGCCCUCCAAAGAUGUUGUGAAAAUUGCUGUCCAGAUGAUGGGCGCCAUCCCCCAGCUCAUUGAGCUUAAUCAGGCCAAGCCGCUGUCAGCAGUAGUGAAAGAGGUCUGCGACGCGUGGAACUUGAAUAAUUCGGAGCGCUACGCUCUGCAGUAUGUGGAUGGGCAGCAAGCGUACAUCACAGAAUCGAAUCGUGGGGAGAUUAAGAAUGGGAGCAUCCUGCAACUGACCACCGCUCCGGACCAAGAGGCAGCAAAGCUACAUGGUGGGAUUCAGAGCAACAACCUGGACGUGAAGUCUGAGUCUUUGAAGAAGCUGGCAGGCCUCUCCCGAGACGUCGCCUUUGCCCAGGAGUUCAUUAGCAGAAACGGCCUCAACCAGCUCUUCCUCAUUGUGGAAGAAGAUAACAAUAUAGGGGAGAUUCUAGCCUAUGCUCUGAAGGCCUUCGUGGAGCUGAUGGAGCACGAUUUCGUUUCCUGGGAGACUCUCAGUCCGGCAUUCAUCAAAAAGAUCGUGAGCUAUGUCAACAUAGUCCCAAUGGAUGCCUCAAUCCAGCAGAUUUCACUGGCCAUCUUGGAGAACAUGGUGCCAACCAGCCAUUAUCUCUUUGAGCUGGUCAAGCAACAAGUGACUCUGGAUCGUCUCAUUGGCCUUUUGCAAGUAACGAACCAGCAGCUGCAGCUGAAAGCCAUGGCUCUUCUUAUUGCUCUUCUCCUCAAUGCCAAAGAGCCCGACAGGAGGGGCAUGAUGGAGUAUCUGGGGAGGAAGAACCUCCGGCAAUUUAUCCACAAGAACAUCAUCCAUGCCUCUGAGCCCAUUGGGGAUGAGAUGGCCCACUACCUCUAUGUACUGCAGUCUCUCACGCUGAACCUUCUGGAGCAGAAGAUGAGGACCCCGAUGGACCCCUAUUUACAGGAUCAGAGGGAGCUCCUGCAGUCCCUGCGCCAUGCGGCCUUUGUCUCCGAGAACGAAUCCUACGCCAGCAGCUCUAACACUGAGCGCCGGCACUCCCUUUGUGCCAAGGAGUUCCGGAAGCUGGGCUUUGUGAAUAACACUAACCCUGCCCUGGAUUUGCAGCGCAGCCCUCCAGGGCUCCUUGCUCUAGACAGCAUGGUCUAUUUCUCCAGACACUUCCCAAGUGCCUACAGCAGGUUCAUUCUUGAGAACAGCAGCCGAGAAGAUAAACACGAGUGCCCAUUUGCCCGGAGCAGCAUCCAGCUCUGCUUCAUGCUCUGUGAGAUCCUUCAUGUGGGGGAGCCUUGCUCUGAGACAGCCCAGGCCUUCUAUCCCAUGUUUUUCGGCCAAGAAAGCUUUUUUGAGGAACUCUUCUGCAUCUGCAUCCAGCUGUUGAACAAGACCUGGAAGGAGAUGCGUGCGACACAGGAAGACUUUGACAAGGUGAUGCAGGUGGUUCGGGAGCAGAUCACCAGAAUCCUCACCCUAAGGCCCACUUCGCUGGAGCUCUUCAAGAGUCGAGUGAAUAGCCUAAACUACAGCGAGAUCCUGCGUCUUCGGCAGACGGAGCGGAUGCACCAGGAGGAGAUCCUAGCUGCGCCCGUCCUGGAAUUGAGAGAGCGCCUGAAACCUGAGCUUCUCAAGCUGAUCCAACAGCAGAGACUCCUCCACCUCUGCGAAGGGACGCUCUUCCGCAAAAUUAGCAGCCGGCGGAGACAGGAUAAGCUCUGGUUCUGCCGCCUUUCUCCCAACCACAAAUUUCUGCACUACGGAGAUGUUGAAGAGGGCAUAGAAAGUCUGCCAAUUGAGAGCCUGCCAGAGAAAGUUCCUGUGGCAGAUAUGAAAGCAUUGCUUACUGGCCGGGAAUGCCCACAAACCAAGGAGAAGAGCUCUGGCAAACAGAACAAGGAUCUCCUAGACCUUGCCUUUUCCAUCAGCUAUGAUGUUGGGGAACAUUUGAAUUUCAUUGCUCCUACGCGCUAUGAGUUCUGCUUAUGGACCGAUGGGUUGAACGUGCUCCUGGGCCGAGAGAUGGCGAGCGAACGGACGCAGAGCGACCUGGACAUCUUGCUGUCUAUGGAGCUCAAACUGCGGUUGCUGGAUCUGGAGAACAUCCCCAUCCCAGAUGCUCCACCAGCCAUCCCAAAGCCCCCCAGCAACUUAAACUUCUGCUAUGAUUUCACCCAUAUAGAACAGUAAAGGCUACCUCUUCCUAGCAUGCUCUGCUUCUCAUAGCCGCUGGCUCAUUUUGGAUGAUCCUCCAAACCAGAUCAGGAACACGUGGCAGAUUUCCCCUCCCCCCAACCCUUGCUUAGGUACCAGUUCACUUCCCCAUGUCAUGUUUGCUGUAACCAUUGUUUCCCAUGAUGCUGAAACUGAAAAACACACACACUAAGCUUAGUGCUAGCUGGUAAGUCACAUUUGAGCGACAGUUUCAAAUAAUUUUGUUUGGAGAGUAGUGCUGACCCACAGAUUGCCUUAUUCAGUUAUCAUAGCAAACCAAAUUGCAAUGAAUCAACAUUAUCACAAGCAAGGGAGAAAGAGUGUGCCAGUCUGCGGCAUGUUCUCAAUCCUCCAAACUAAGCCCAUGUAUCUAGAAUCUUAAUUCUGAGUUUAAAAAACCCAAUAGACACAUUUGCAGAUAUAUGUGUACGUAUAUAAACCUGACCUAACUUGCUUUCUUCCAGCUUCAGCAUUUGAGACCUCUCAGAAUUUUGAAUAAUUUCCUCCAGGUUGUUUUGCCAGGGACUUGGGAAUGUAUUGGAGGACGAAACAGGUCUUAAAGAUCGAAAACUGAACACUAUGAAAGGGAAACGGAGAUGAGCCACUGAUUCCCACCCACGGGGCUCUCUUGUCUUUAUAGCCAACACCUGCAACAAUGAGUGCUAGAAAGUUGCUUUAAAAGAAAGAAGAGAGAGGCUUGCCUUUUGUGGAUCCUGGGUUGUAUUUUUAGAUAUCCUAUUUUAGACUUUCCCAUGUGAUGAUAAUCCACCGCACAGACGUUGAUUCUGUCAGCAAAACUGCUGCUUUACCAAUGGAUUGUAUUUCACAUUUAGCCUUGCUAUACAGUGAGGUUGCCUCAAUUAUGCAGAUGACCUAUAUUAUGCAAAAUUAAAGGAGUUGGGGAAAUAUGAUCGGGGGAUGACAAAGUCCUCCCCUCCUUCGCUUUUCCGAGGAAUACAUAAAUAGAUCUCCCACCUUAAGAAACUUUGACUCUUUCCACAGAGAGAGUGGCAAUGCCACCUCUUUCCUAGUUCUGUUUAGCUAAAUACUGCCUACGGGAUCUCUCUUUGCCACAUUCUGAAAGGCAGAAACAAGCACUUUACAAAACUGGCUCCCUUGCUCUAUGAGAACAGCAUCAGGUAUGUUUUGUCACCUGCCUGAGCAACAGGAGAGCUGUGACAGGGUGAGGCACUCUGCCUAAAUCUGUAGCAUAACUAUCUUUUCAGGGACCUUUCCCCAUAGCUGUAGCAAGGGAGGAACAUAUGGAGAGAGGUGUUUCUUUUCUUUAUCCCCUCUUUCCAGAAUGCUUCCUUUCUUCAUAGGCUCCUGAAUCAGUGCCUACUUCAGAGAAAAGCUCUUAAAAUGCAUCCAAAGUUUUCUUGAAAAUAUUUUCAGGAUGUGACAUGGUACUUGUUAAGCCAGGGGUGUGUGUGUAUCUGUUUCUUUUGAACUAUCUCCCUCAAUUAUGCACUGACAAAAGAUGGAUUCAAUGGCCAAUGUCAAUCAUGCAAAUUAAGCAGCUUUAAGUAACUUCUUAUUUUGCACUUCUUACCAUUCCACAUACUUUUUUCUUUCUUUUUCUUUUGCUAGCCUCCCAGCGGCGGUGGGGUAAAGGGAGAUACCUAUGCAGACACUAAAGUCCCAUGGUGAGGAAAUUUUGGCCCUCCAGAUGUUGCUGAACUACAUAUCCCAUGAGCCCCAGCAUUCAUCGCCAAUGGCAGGGAUGAUGGGAAGUUGUAGUUCAGCAACAUGUGGAGAGCCAAAGUUUCCCCACAGGUUGGCUAAGGCCAGGAAGCUGACACUCAGGUGGCAUUCCCAUGGGCAGCCAAUUCCUUUGUUCUUCUGUUAAGUCAUUUUGUAAGUAAAUGUGAUUUUGGUUUUCUUGUGAAAUUUUCUAGAUGUAACACACACACACACGUAUUUUCACAGCACUAUGCCUCUUUAGAAACACUGAGUCCAAUUGCACUGGAGCGGCUAUUUCCUAGCCUCCUACCCCCUUACCUCUCUGUGUUAUUCAUCAAUCUUGCAGCACUGUAGCUGCCCACUAUCAUAGGAAACAUUUCCACCUUCAGUAUCUCCUGUAAAGGACUUCCCAGACUCCUUGAAUUCCUUCCUGCUCAGGUGCUUCUACUGUAACAUGUUCACUGUGGUACUGCCUCUGGCACAGAGGCCUUAAUAUUAUUAUUAAUAAUAAAGGGAAUUAUCUUUA